AUGGAAACGAAGAACCUGAAAAAGAACCAAGCAGUAUGGCGUCCGCUAUCCGUUGGAGAUAUCCCCAGCCUCGUUCAGGUGGCCGAUAGAGUCCAUCCUGAUCUUCCAGAAAGCAACGAAGUCUUCGCAGAGCGCGCAAGGUUGUUUCCGCAAGGCUGCUUAGGUUUAUUCGACGAUGCCGGUGAGCUUCACGGGUACAUCAUUUCGCAUCCUAUUCGUUACUGCGAACCUCCGGCUUUGAACCAGCUUCUGGGGAAGAUUGAGUCAAAUGCCGAUCAGUACUACAUCCAUGAUUUGGCUAUUCUUCGUGGGAUCCGUGGAUCUGGUCUCGCUCAUGCAUGCCUCAACAUGAUUCUGGAAAGUGUUGCUAAGCGAUAUGCAACUACUGGUCUUGUUUCCGUCUAUGGUACGGCGAAAUUUUGGGGACGGUAUGGAUUUGAGACACCAGAAGCAGUCGACAGGGUAUUGGAGAAGAAGAUUCUAGACUAUGGCGAGGAAGCUGUAUAUCUCGAACGCAAGAAUGAGAUGCACAUAUACGAUUGA